AUGAUCUUCGACCACAAAAUCUCUGCCGCACCGCCACACUCCGCCGAUUGGGUUGCGCCAUGUGGUCACUCCCUCCCAUCGACACCCCGCACCAACACCGGAUCCUGGAAAAAUAGGAAACGAUUUAUGCUAAUUGAAAGUUGUAGAGAUCUAAUCAAUAACCUUGAUCAGAAUGUUGAAAAGAAUUAUCAGGCAACUGGUGAGGACUACUUUGUUGAACCCGAGGAAAGGAGGCCCGUCCGUGCCCUCCUUGAUGUUGGCCUUUUGAGAACCACAACUGGAAACCGUGUUUUUGGUGCGCUGAAGAUGGAUACGGCACGAGCCUUUAAGAAAAUUGCUCGAUUAAAAAGAAGAAGAGAGAUGCGUGUGAAAGAAUAUAAUACAAGUAGAAAUGCUGGGCUGAGAAAUAUUAUUGACAACAUCGAAAAACAAUAUUACAGGCUUUGUGAAGCUUGCAAUAUUCAAACUGAAGCUUUUGUUUCUAACAUCGUUCAAAAAACACGAACGGAAACUCUUCAUGAACAGUUGGAUACAAGUACUUCUAUUUCAGAAGAAUUUACUUUAGGAGGUAUUUCUCAACCGAAUGUAGGUUUAUAUUUGCCUGUUGAAUCAUCGCAACUACAUUCUGUGCGUGUCGACGAAGGUAGUUCUGAAAGUGGUGAUGACACAAUUGUAUCAAGUACUUUUCCGGAACUCAACUCUAAUAUGGAGGAAUCUAAUCUUGCGAACAUUCUAAGUUAUGAAAACAGAGGCCGUACAGGUGAAGAAUAUUCAGAUAUUGCGAGUUUGACUCCCGAGUGCUAUGAUGCUACUAUAAAAGCACGAUUGAUUCGAUUGGUGGACACACGAUUUCCAAGAUCGAAUAUUCGAAUUUUGAAGCUUUUAUUCAUUGACGCCUAUGGAUUCAUAAUACAAGGCGUGGUACACGAAAUGAACAUUCCUAUUCUACUUCCAAAACUUCACGAAGGCAACAUGUACAAUAUUCAUAAAAUGAAGGUAAUCAUUGCUGACAACAAACACAAAAUAGUACCCCAUCCAUUCCAGUUAUUGCUGCAUCAAGACACAAUUAUUGAACAAACGGUUGAUCAGAAGGUAUCUUCCCAAAAGAUUUUGUUAAUAUUAUCUCCUUUAAGGAUCUGAAAUCUUAUGUAGAUAUGGAGAUCAAUUGAUUGGUAAGUUUUACUUAUAAUAUAAACUAGAUAUAUAUAUAUCAUUGUUAUUUACUUUCAUAUAAUAUGCGUGCAGAUAUUUCUAGAAUUGUUGCUCAUGUAGAUGAUUCUUUCGUAUGGCCACAAUGCGCGCGGAGUUAUACUUCUGGAUAAAAGUCUGACAGCAGUUCCAGUAAUUUUGAAAGGAAAUCUAGCAUUGACUAAUGAGGAUAAAUUGAAAGCAGCGAUGAAGGAAGAAACAACGUUACUGGCCUGUGGUGUCCUGGUGAAAUAAGUUGAAGGUCCAAUUGUUUAUACGCAUCAUUUCACAAAAUUGUAUAUAAACAAUAAUACGCCACACAUAGAUGAUCUUCGUAACUGGUUUACGCGCGCAAUCGCUCCGCACAAAAAAAUGUGGAAUUCAUUAGAUCGAGGAUAUUUUCGAUGCAAGAAUUAUUGAACAUAGCAAAUUUCGAAAGAAUUAAUAUCGCUAAUUUGCGAUAUCAAAAUGAGGUACGCAUACUGUAUUAUUUAAAUAUACGCAUAAAUCAUUUUUUAAAUUGUGAAUGAAAUUGAACAAAAACUGUAUAGGUGAAAUUUUAUCGUGUGCUUGCACGCAUUAAACGAGUCGAUGGGGGGAAAGUAUGGAAUAUUUUAUUCGAUCCAUCAUUAUAUCCAAUCCCCUUAGAAAUAUACGACAGUACCGAAACACUGGCAUUAAAAUUGAAAUAUGCUCACCUAAAUUUCAUGUUCCAACUACAUCUUCCCUUUGUGCGCAACUUUAUGCGACAGGUACUAUAAAUUCAUUAAUAACUUCAUUUACGUUUAACAUGUUUUCAAUUCUUUAUUUAUAUAUAUAUAUAUAUUUGUAGAGAAACGGAAAAGCAAGUUUUGAAGAGUAUUUGAGCACAUUUAUUGAUCGUGCUUAUACAUUUAUACUUCCAGUGACGCCUAUAUUUGAUAGACCAGGUUCACAAUCUCCAGUAUAUCAUAUAUUAUACGUUGAUUGGUGUGAGGAAUGUGCUCAUGUAUUUAUCAGAUCUUCGUUAUGUAAAUAAUUAUAUUUACUAAUCUUUUUAUAAUAAUUAUAAA